GCUGUGGGAGCCGUCGCGUUUGUGCCCCGCCCCUUGGGCCCCUCCUGCCCACUCGUCCAUCUCCCCCUUUGGAACGCCCAUCUCCACUCCGCCCGCCACCCCUCCUUGCACCCCUCCCUCUCUGUCGCGCAACAGCUCCCGUCGCCGCGUGAAGCCGGAGCGUACCUUCUGGCAGCGCAUCUGCUGCGGCUGACUGAGGUCAGCCGGAGGGCUUCUGUCGGUGCGGGGGAGCUGCAGCCACCUGAACCGCACCCUGUUCCAUCUCUGGCAGUCGGGGAGCUGAGUUCGGUGUCUCUGUGUGGUCCCCCACAGCUUUCCGCAUCUUCCCCUCCCACAGCACGUCCCCUGUCGCCUCUUUCCCCACCCCGAGGGCCAUCAUCAAGGCACCCGCAGCCCAUCUCUGAGAUUAUCUCACCGCUGGAUGCAGUCCCGCCGUCCCGCCCAUCCCUACUCUGCCAUUAGACGCCAGCCCCUGCCAGUGUGAUAAAAAGGAGGAGGACGGGCACGUGGAUGACGACAAGGGCGACAUCGCCAUCAGCAUCAGGACCAACACCAACGAUAGACGCGUCUAUGCUGACCAUGCAGAACAUCCUGCAGCUCUGCCACCUGGUCCGAUACUUCGCCAUCAAAGCCGUCAAGACCGUCAGACUCCUGUCGCCCGUCGGUCUGGGGCCGCCGUCAGCCGUGCGUAAGACCAGGGAAGGGGCGAGAUGCGCAAACGACCGCAGUGGGGGAGCUGAAAGCGCUGCCGAUGGGUCAGAGAGGGAGGAGCCCCAUAAGGCCGGGGGCGAUGAAUGAAUGGACACGGACAAGGAGGCGGCCGACAAGACAGGAAAGGCCCCCAUGGCCGCGAUGCAAACGAGUAAGAAACACAGAUGCAGAGGAAAGGCACAUGAGUGCUCCUCGUUAUUGCUGUGAUGCAGGCCGUUGUCGUCCGUCGAGCGCAUCGCGACAGCGACACCACCCCCCGCCAGGCUGUGCAGACCGCUCCAUUCAGCCAGAUCCAGUCUCUCCGUCGACACCCGCCCGCCCCUUCUCGCCCAGUGGCCCAUUCAAUCCAUCAGAGUCGCCACCCAGCUCCCUUGCCGGCCGCAGCUUAAGGCCCUGUCCACUCGCGACCUACCGCAUCAGUCAUGAGCUGCGGCGGAAGGAAAGGGAUAGGGACGAGGAGAGUGAGGACGACGACUGGCAUGGCGACCUUGAUGUGGAGGCAAUGCGGUCUACGAUGUUCCCGGUGCCGCCCUUUGGUGUGUUGAGGACCGCCAAUGUCGGUGUGGGCGGACUGGGUGGUCUGCCAAGCGGUUCGUUGAGCCUUCUGUUGUGGAACGAGAAGGAGGAGAGAGAACAGCGAGACGCCAUCGGCCGCAGGAGUGCAGCAGCAGCAGCAGCAGCAUCGUUCCCGACGCCCUGCUCAUCUCCGCUGCCGACGGGCCGUUUCCCAUCGCCAUCGCCACCCUGUGGUGACUCAUCUGACACGGUCAGAGUCGGCCAGUGGGAUGUGGUGUUCGGACCGGACGGCGUUGCGCUGAUACGGGACAGCGAGACCUACGGUAUCACUCUGCACAAGGGCAUCCUUCUCCGUCUGUGGCUCGGCAACAAACACAGCAGCAGCGACGACAGAAGAGGGCGAGGGAGAAGAGGCGAGGUGGGCGUCGAAGGUGAGACAUGCCACAGCAGGUUCCGCCGCCCCCCGGCCUGUGGGUAUUCAUUGGCUUGCCGGUCAGAGCGGUGAUCGAGCUCAAUCACCUUCUUGGGGGAUGGGUGGGAUGGGCCGCCCGGUCACUUCCUGUACACUAAGGCAGUUGGGGGGAGGGGGGCGGGGGAGGAGGUCUCUUGCUGGGCGUGGGAAUGUCUGGGCGACUACGGCUCACUGGGACGUGAGGGCUUUUUUGGGCUGUCGGUGUAUGCAGUGUGUGGUUUGUCUUUGCUGCAUCCGUCCAUCCAUCGUCUUAAUGUAUUCCUUUUGGUUGCCACACACGAAUCACUCCCUGUGCAGUACAUAUGCAGUUCGAUUGGUCUUAGGGAAUGAGGGCAUCUGUGAAGUGUCUGAGAACAUCUGCGGCCAUGGCUCUUUUUCGGUGUCUUUAGCUUUGCUGGAUGCGUCCUGCUGGAGGGAAAUCCCUUUCGGUCCCUUCUGCUCUUUUUCGGGUCUUUCCCUCAGGGAUUUCCUGCAUACGCGCCAUUGGUGUGUUCUUCUCAGUUGCCCACACAAAAUGGUCACGCCGUGACGAUUGGCGAACGACCGAUUUGUCGGUGUCUGUGUGGGCGUCGGUAUCGUGUGUGACCGGGUGAAAUGGACGGUGGUUAACUUAUGUGUGUGACGCGUGUGAUGCGUAAGUAGGUGGCUAAGUUAAAACGGACACGUCAGAUGGACGAAAUUGAGUAUUACUCACCAAGUAAUGCUGCUUACACACAC